GAUUUGAUUGACAUAGAGGCUCGGCGAGCGAGUAAUCUGGCAAACUGACCACACUAAACUAGCUAGUCACGGUAGGUCCAAAAAAAAAAAAGAAACGAAAAGAACAGAAUCCCGGGUCAAUUCGUGUACGAUUCCGUAGCGAAUGUAUAAAAAUCAGUCGCAAGGCGAUCUCCGUUACCGAUGCACGCUCAACGGUAGUUGAUAAUGCUGAAGAUGAGGCUGCCAGCGGCGGAGGGAGACAACGACGCGGCCGAAGGCGAGCGACGGGAAAAUAACAACGGCGAGCGCCGCUUCCUCCCUUUUAACCCCGCUCUGGACGACGAGGCGGGCCGCGGACCGGCGCGCGCUCCCAGGCAGCUCGACAAGGAGGCGGUGUUCGAGUGGUUCGGCUUGCGGCUCAGCCCGGCCAAACGCGUGGAGUUCAUGUGCGGUCUGCUCCACAUGUGCCAGCCGCUCGAGCUGCGAUUCCUGGGCUCGUGUCUCGAGGACCUGGCGCGCAAGGACUUCCACAUCCUGCGCGACGUCGAGGUUCGUGCCAACAACCCCGCCGACCUACGACUCCUCACCGACGUCACCGACCCGGUCGUGCUCUCGCGCCUGCUCGUCUGCCUCUCCCUGCUCGGAUCUAAGAACCGGGAGUGCGCGGCGAUUCUUUACAGCACGCUGAGCCGGAUCGACCUGCUGCACUCGAGGAACUGCUGCGGGGUCGGGUUGAAUUUACCGGAACCGGAAUUGGGACCGGCUCCACUGGAGCAGCUGGCGUUGCUCUUCGCCAUGGCCUCGCUGCACCCGGCGUUUACUUUCCACCAGAGGGAGGACGUGCGGGCGCAGCUGGAGCGGGUGGACGCGUUAUUGGAGGAGAGGAACCUGAGCCACUGCGCCUGCGCAGCUCAAACCCUGCAGAGUCAGUUUUCCCGGCCGGACGAGCUCUGUCCACACCCUGAGGGGAGCAGAACAUGGUCGUCAUGUCCGAUCCAGCACCUCAGCAGCAUGCCUCCGAGCCAAGUGGUGCACAUCGAGAAAAUCAAACUGAAGGAGAUCUCCCUGGCAGGAGACAGCAGAGAAUACAGCUUCGAGGUGAAAUGGUCCGACUCGUCGUCGACGGCUGUGACCAAAAGUCAUCGUGAACUGCAGGAUUUUCUUUUGAAGCUGUGUAAGGAACAGAGCGCAGGAAGUUUCCAGCAGGACGUUUUCGGAUUACUGAGUCGGGCCGAGGGUGAGCACAGAGAGCUGGAGAGAAUGCUCAGGUCGAGGUUUGCCUCCGUGCCCCGGGAGUUCCUUCAGAUGUGCCAGGCCUCAGGGUUUUUCCUGCCCGAAGCAUCUUCCCUACACUGCAGUCACAGUAACAGUGCACCUGGAGCCAGAACCCGACAGCCGGCGCCUCGCUUCUCGGAGGACUGCUCAGAGACUUCCAGCCUCGAUGAGGACCUCGACGCGUACGGGGUCUCGCGCUCCAGAACACACGCCGCUGGAAACACCAUCCAUGGCAAGCAGCACGUGGACAGCGCUCAGUGGGAGUGCAGCAGGAGGAGUAUGCACGGCGAGCCCUAUGGGGACGUGACAGGGAGGAGGCGCAGCUCUCAGCCAUGUGGGACAGAACCGGAGCAGGAGUGCGAGGAGAGGAAGAUCAAAGCCAGACCGGCAGGCAAAAGGGACAGAGGCAGGAGAGGCCCAGUGGGAAAAGGCUCUGUAGCCAAUGGGAUUCAAAGAGUUCCUGCAGUCCAGAUGAUGAAUCAGGCCAUGUGUAAGGCUUCAGGCAGGGACACAUACGGAGACACGUCUUCAGAGAGCUCCAACUCGGUGCCGUCGAGCCCCGUCCACCAUCAGCGCAGCCUGGAAACACAAGACACCGAGAGUCAGUCUGAUAACUCCGUCCCAGAGCCAGCUGACACGCCCCGCCUCCCACAAGGGCAAGGCACAGGCAGGAAGGCGGUCGCCAUGGUGAACCCACUGGUGGCGGAGCCGGAGCGUGCAGGUGCAGAUGUACAGCCACACCCCUCUGCUGUAGUGGAGCUGGCGCUGACCUCGUGCCUCCCUUACGCCCUGCAGUACAGCACAGCGCACAGAGACGCAGGCAAACCCGGAGAGAGCAAACUCACCAUCACAAUCCCUUUGGGCAAGCAGGAUACCAGGCCCAGCAUGGCCGUCCCCGGAGACCCCACCCAGUGCCCGCUGCCGCCUGCCUUCCCUGAGCCAGCUCAGCUUCAGGCUCCGCCCAGCACCGUUGCUGCUCCGGGGAAACCCUGUGCCAAGGCCAGUGCUCAGCCACAGGGCCCUCACACACCAUCCGGUUUAGUCCAGUGUCCUGUCGCUAGCACUAUGAUACCCAGCUCCACCCCCCUACCGCCCCCUGUUAGCAUGCCUGCCCCGAGCGAGAAUGCUGCAUACAUCAAUAGCACUGCACAGUCACAACAAACAGGCUGCAACACCUGCGGUUGCCGGGGUACCUGCGGAGGCAGUGGAGCUCACCAGUCUCCUGCCAGCUUCUUCCUUCCAGCACAUCCCACACGCCAGAUGUUCGGUCCACCCACCCCGUUCUUCCAACUAGCACCUUCGCUGUGCAGUACCACCUUCCCUACACAGGGUCACCAAGGGAACGGGACACCGCUGCCCUUCUACGCCCACACGUCUCCAAGCGCCGCCUUCGCCAGCAGCGCACUCCUGCACGCCCACUCGGACCACCUGAUGCCCGCGCAGCCCGGCUACGCCACCCUGCCCCAGGUCGCACCGUUUGCGCGCUUCUACCCGCCUGUCUUCCCUCCCGUGGGUGCCAUGUCCGGCGCCGGAGGAAUAAAGAAGAGCGGCGCCGUGUCCUGCUAUAACUGCGGCAUGAGCGGUCACUACGCACAAGACUGCAAGCAGCCGUCCAUGGACGCCGGGCAGCCAGGUGGCUUCCGGCUUAAGUAUGUCGCCCCGCAUUCGUCGGAGACACUAGACAAAGCCGAUUGACAGCGAGCCGAGGACCAAGGAGACGCUCUGUCUCACUUUCUAUAUUAAACACACCAGAGCUCGUAUGUUAAAGCGAUGGCAUUCGCGUGUGUGUGUGUGUGUGUGUUAUUUGUAUUAGUCACCUUUAUAAGCUUAAAUCUUGAUUUUUAUUUUUUUUUUUUCUUUCUCUCUCUGCGGGGACAAACCUGCUCCGAAAAUUCCUCCAUGAACAUUUUUUUGUCCCGUAGCGUAGAUUUAUCCAAGGCCGCCGCUCCAAUCAGGACACUGAGACAGGUUUCGAUUUUUUUGAGCAGUGCUUCCAUGUGUCCGUUUAGCCAGGACGCGUACACUGAAGUCCUCACAUUUCGAGCUGAAACACUACAAAGGAGUCGCUUAAACUUGAGUAAUUAUCCUCCGUUAGGUUUGCUUUGGGGUUUUUUUUGGGAAAUGGACAUUUUAUUACAGCCCGAGAAAAGGCUUUGAGAAUCUUUUAUACUUGCAGCUAAAAAGAAAAAGAUAAGUUUAUUUACUGUUUGUUUGGAAAGAGUACUUUUUUUUUUCUUUUUUUUUUUUUUUUAAUCGAUAGUCAUUGAAAGGAACAGGAUUUUUGUUUUUGUUUUGUUUUUUUUUUUGUUGUAAAGACUACAUACUUUUCAAUGUGAGUUUUCUGAAUGUAAAACACAUAACUAAAGUCAGACGUCGUACUGUGAAAAAGUUGUCUCACGCCGCCACGUGCUCCGCUAGAACCCUUUGGACGUGAUGCACUAAUAGUAUUGUUGCCUGCCUCUGUGUGUGUGAGAGUGUGUGUGUGUGUGUGUGUGUGUGCGCACGCCAGGUAUGAAAGUGCGCUGAUCUUUACAGCGUAAGAGGCGCUAGCGUUAGUAAUUGCGUUCGUCCAGUAGGGGGCGCCUCUGUGACAGAUGCAUGACGCAUGCGUUUUUAUGCUGAACUUCGCACAGACUUUAUCAGCAGCAGCACAAAGCGAGCGAACGUCCCGCAGGAAGACAGUGUCCUCGCUGCCGAACCGCGAGUCCAGGGGGGUGGAGUCAGACCUGAUCCGAUGCUGAAACAUUUAUUUACAAUAUGCCCUACAGUGUGCUCUCAUCUAACCAGAACCACACGGAGUUGUCUCCACUCCAUUUUUUAAGUCCAGGCAGGUGGGAGGAGCCAGAUCAGGUCUGACUCCACCUCUUGGACUUGUGGGUUAUAUUGCACUCAAGUAGGAGGAGCCAGAUCAGGUCUGACUCCACCUCCUGGACUUUUUGUUCAAAUCUGUCCAAGUAGGAGGAGCCAAAUCAGGACUGACUCCACCUCUUGGACUUGUGGGUUAAAUUACACCCAAGUAAAAGGAGCCAGAUCAGGUCAGACUCCACCUCCUGGACUUUAAGUUCAAUUACACUUAAGUAGGAGCCCAAUCAGGUCUGUUUGUUCAAAUCUGCCCUGGUAGGAGGAGCCAAAUCAGAUCCGACUCCACCUCCUGGACUUGUGGGUUAAAUUUACACCCAAGUAAGAGGAGCCAAAUCAGGUCAGACUCCACCUCCUGGACUUUCGAGUUCAAUUUACACCCAAGUAGGAGGAGCCAGAUCAGGUAUUUUUGUUCAGAUCUGUCCAGGUAGGCGGAGCCAAAUCAGGUCAGACUCCAUCUCCUUGACUUUUUGUACAAAUCUGUCCAAGUAGGAGGAGCCAAAUCAGGUCAGACUCCAUCUCCUGGACUUUCGAAUUCAAUUACACUUACGUAGGAGCCAGAUCAGGUCUAUUUGUUAAAAUCUGUCCAGGUAGGAGGAGCCAAAUCAGGUCUGACUCCACCCCCCUUGACUUUCAGUUCUGCAGCGAGGGCUACUCGCCCGCAGCCGGACCACGCCACCGCUCUUGCACUCACAUUCAGAUUUCGAAACAAGGUCUUUUGUGUGUGUCGCCUCUUUCAAGCCUUAUGAAUAGAAAAAAACCCGACAAAGACUCGGUUGAGGACGUUGUGGCUACAGAGAGAGCGAGGAAAGGAGACCAUGUCUCACGAUGGAGAUUUAUUUUUCACUUUUUUGAGGAUGUCAAUGAUCCUGCCUGCUUAUUAAAACCUUAUUUUCUAAUUAUUAGGUGGCAUAUAUAUAUAUAUAUAUAUAUAUAUAUAUAUAUAUAUAUAUAUAUAUAUAUAUAUAUAUAUAUUUGUGCUGAUUGCCACACAAUGUUUUGAUUUCAGAAGUCUUAGUUUGUGUAAGUUGUGUAUUCAGUCUCGAGGUUGUGAUCAUUUCUUUAAGAAAAAAAAACAAACUAAAAGAAAGAACGAACAAAAGCAUAUCUUAAAUUGCCAAAGCCACAGAAAUAUUUUUUUUCUCUGGAGAGAUUUGGCUUGUUUUUUUGUUUUUUUUUUGUACUGAUAAGAGUCAGGAUGUCAUUUUGAUGUUCAUUCGAACCCGACUGAGAACCUGAGGCCUUUAAAAUUGUUGCAGAUUGGCAGACGUUUGGCUGGUGACUUGCAUUUUUAUGCCAGGCAUUGCCUUUAUAAUAAACCUUUAUUAUUAUUGAUAAUAUUAUUAUUAUUAUUGUUAUUAUUUUGGUUUGCAUGUCG